AUGUGUGCCUUCAAGGUAUUCCUGUCAGAGAUUGAGCAAAAAAAGGUAACUGAAGUAUUUCUUGAUGCUAAUUGGAUCAUAGCCAUACAGGAAGAGUUGAAUCAAUUUGAGAGAAGCAAAAUAUGGCACUUAGUUCCUCUCCCAAAAGAUAAAUCAAUAAUUGGGACUAAGUGGGUUUACAAGAAUAAAGUGGAAAAGCAUGGAACAGUUACAAGAAAUAAGGCAAGAUUGGUGGUUCAAGGAUAUAACCAAGAAGAAGGAAUUGACUUUGAUGAGACUUUUGCUCCUGUGGCAAUACUUAAAGCUAUAAGAUUACUUGUUGCCUUUGUAGCUUAUAUGGAGUUUAUUCUCUAUCAGAUGGAUGUGAAGAGUGUAUUCCUGAAUGGAAUCCUCAAGAAGGAGGUGUAUGUUAAGCAACCUCUAAGAUUUGGGAGCAAGGAAUUUCCUGAUCAUGCGUACAAGCUGGAUAAAGCCUUAUAUGGGUUGAAACAAGCACCACGGACUUGGAAAAGCACUAAAGGUAUGGCUCACUUCCUUGGAUCAUGUUUGAUUACCUGGUCUACUAAGAAGCAAAAUUUAGUAGCCUUAUCUACUGCUGAAGCUGAAUAUGUUGCUGUAGGUUCUUAUUGUGCUCAAUUGCUAUGGAUUAAGCAACAACUUAUGGAUUUUAGUAUAGAUAAACAAGUAUCCAAACCUGUUCCUUUUGAUUCAUCUGACUCAGAUUUUCAUUUUCUUCCUAAUACUCCUUCUACUCCCUCUACUCACCCUAAUCCAGAUCUUGACUAUGAUAUUGCUUUUGAUACUCCUGCUGCCAAGACCACAAAGGAUGUUAUUGGCUUUGUGAACCAUGCUAUAUUACUUGCUGCUAUUAGGAGUCCUGAUAACCCUAUGAAAAGGAUAUGGAAUGCUCUUGCUGCCAAGCAGAGUGAGGAACCUUCUUUGGAGGAUGAUUAAUUUGUCGGGUUUUAUGAGGAAGCUAUUACACUGAUCAAGCAACUUGUUGAAGGACCGUCAGAAUCACUGGACACUGUCCCAAUAGUGGGUAUGCCCGGACUUGGAAAAACUACAUUGGCAAGGAAAAUCUACAAUGAUCCUAAUCUUACAUAUGAAUUUUUCAGCAUCCUUUGGAUUUACAUUGGUCAGGAAUACAAAAGAAAGGAUAUUAUUCUUAGGAUUAUCAAAUUCUUCACAAAGCGCAUAGAAGAUUAUCUCAAUGAAGAUGUGGACGCAUUAGCUAAGGUUAUAAAUGGCUAUAUAAGUAAAGGUGGCAGGUGUCUCAUUGUUUUGGAUGAUGUGUGGGAAGCAACAAUCAUUGAUCAUGUUAAGAAAGUUUUCCCAUAAAACCAAAAGGUGCAUCGAAUCAUGAUGACCACACGAGAAAGAAAUCUAGCUACUUAUGCCAAUCCAGAUCCUCAUGAUCUAAAAUUUUUAACUCCAAAUGAAAUUUUUAAAUUGUUAGUAAAAAGAGUUUUUGGCAAGGAAAGUUGUCCUGAUGAAUUGGUAGGACUUGGAGAAAAAAUUACAGGAAGCUGUGAUGGAGUACCACUUGUAAUAUUGGUAAUUGCAGGAGCAUUAAGAGGUUAUCCCUAUAAAAAUGAUUGGCAAAGAGUUCAGAAAGAUAUGGCACAACAUCUUAUUAAGAAAAACCAAGAGAGCAGCUCGAAAUUUGUAGAGAUGAGUUAUGAUUGUUUGCCUCAAGAAGUGCAGAUAUGCUUUUUAUAUUCUGGUGUCUUUCCCUGAGGCUUUGAUAUCCUUUCUUGGAAAUUAAUUCAUUUAUGGAUAGCGGAAGGGUUAAUAAAGCCUUAACAGACAUACACUCUUGAAGAGAUCGCUAAGUUUUAUUUGAAUGAUCUUGUCAACAAAAAUUUAGUGAUAUUGAUGCGAAAUAAGUCUGAUGGUCAAAUAAAAUGCCAGCUUCAUGACAUGCUGCAUGAGUUCUGUAGAACAGAGGCUAAUAACAAAUGGCUUUUUUAGAAAAUGCAUCUAACAUUUGAUCAAGCUGUUCUUUCCAUUCAAGACAAGGAUACUUAUCAUCGAUUGUGUAUUAAAAACUCUAUCAUGAAUAAGUUUCUUCUCGAUAAACCUUUUGUAGAACAUGUUAGGUCAUUUUAUUGUUUUUCCUCAGAACAAAAACAAAUUGAAUUAUCUCCUAAUGACAUUAAACUCAUCCAUAAAGUAUUUCCACUUAUAAGGGUUUUGGACGUUGAACCCAUUAAAUUCCUUUUCUCCAGGGAUUUUCACCAGUUAUAUCAUUAGAGAUAUAUCGCCAUAUCAGGUGACUUCAAGACCGUUCCUCCGACCUUUGGUAAAUUUUGAAAUUUACAAACUCUAAUACUUAAUACAAGUACCUCAGAGCCCACAAUUGACGUAAAAGCAGAUAUAUGGAACAUGUUACAGCUGAGGCAUCUGCACACUAAUAUACCUACAAAAUUUCCAUCACCUACAACCACAACAGGAAGAACUUCUUGUCUACAAACUAUUUCUAUGGUUUCACCAGAAAGUUACAAGGAAGAUGUGCUUGCCAAGACGUGUAAUCUAAGAAAAUUGAGCAUUUAAGGGCAAAUGAUGGCUUUUCUUGAAUCCAGGGGUGGAAUCAGCAAUCUUGAAGAGCAGUAGUGCCUGGAACAUUUGAAACUAUUAAGCGAUGUUCUUUAUAUGAACAAAACGGUUCACCUUCCUACAAUAUUUUUCAAACUCGUACGCACAGUGAAGAAGUUAACUCUGGCAAACAUAAGGUUUUCUUGGAGCGAUGCGAAUAGAUUGGCACAGUUAGAAUCCCUAAAAGUCCUAAAGUUGAAAUAAAAUACAUUCAUAGGUGAGUCUUGGGAGCAUAUAGGAGGUUUUAGCAUGCUUUAGGUGUUGUGGAUUGAAAGGUCAGAAUUAAAAUCUUGGGAGGCAUCAAGCCUUAACUUCCCAAUACUUAGCCACCUAGUUCUUAUCUCGUGUGAUAAACGCAAGGCUGUGCCACUUGAGUUGGCUGAUAUACAUAACUUCCAAGAAAUGAGACUGGAUAAUACAAGCAAAGCAGCAGUCCAAUCUGCAAAAGAAAUCAAAAGCAAGAAGCAGAAAUUCAUACUCACCAUAUUCCAUCCUGAAACUGAUUCCAAGGACACACAGUGAAGGUUGAAAGUUCAGUCGAAUUCAUUUCUUUUAAUUGACAUGAUUAAAUCUCAAUUA